GAUUCAAUGGCUUCAAGUGCUUCAAAGUUCAUAAAAUGUGUGACUGUUGGAGAUGGCGCCGUUGGUAAAACAUGUAUGCUCAUCUGCUACACCAGCAACAAAUUCCCUACUGACUACAUACCAACAGUUUUUGACAACUUUAGUGCAAACGUUGUAGUUGAAGGCACCACUGUUAAUCUAGGACUAUGGGACACUGCUGGGCAAGAAGACUAUAACAGAUUAAGGCCUUUAAGUUACAGAGGAGCAGAUGUUUUUGUCUUGUCUUUCUCAUUGGUUAGCCGAGCUAGCUACGAGAAUGUCUUUAAAAAGUGGAUCCCUGAACUCCAGCACUUUGCCCCAGGAGUUCCUUUGGUUCUUGUUGGUACCAAAUUAGAUCUCCGUGAAGAUAAGCAUUAUUUGGCUGACCAUCCUGGACUAUCCCCUGUAACCACUGCACAGGGAGAGGAGCUGCGUAAGCUAAUUGGCGCAACAUAUUACAUUGAGUGCAGCUCAAAAACUCAACAGAACGUGAAAGCAGUUUUUGAUUCUGCGAUUAAGGAAGUGAUCAAACCUGUGGUUAAACAAAAGGAGAAGACAAAGAAAAAGAAGAAGCAAAAGUCACAUCAUGGAUGUUUAUCAAACAUUCUGUGUGGGAGGAUGGUGACUAGGCAUUGAUGAUGAUCUUAAAUUCCACUUUUGAGUUUGUGUGAUAAAUUGAGAGACAUAUAUAUAUAUAUAUAGAUGGAAUCAUGGAAGAAAGAUUAUUAGUCUCUAAUCAAUCAAUAGUUUACAUUGAAGAGGGAAAGAGAGAGAUAGUGAGCUUACUAUUAUUAUUAACUCAAUUAUGUUUAUUUGUUUCAAACCUGUUAUUGCAAUAUAUUAGUCAUUUUCUUGUAACAAAUAAUACAAGGUUGCAAAUGUGGAUCAUUCGAUCAACCACAAGUAG